CUUACCCAGCCGGUGGUGUCACUCACCAACAGUGGAGACUUCAAACCUAUAUGAACAUAUCUUUCUCUACUAAAUAGGACAUCAGAGAAGUUCCUGUGCUGUUGUUUCGAUGGUCAGCCAUGGAUGAAGACGACAGCCAAGAUGAGCUGAUUAACCGCAGUUCAUCUCACAGCAAAGGAAAAAGAGCUGCUUUAUGGGCCAUCUCAGAUGACUCAGAUGAUCUCAACGAGGAAUCUGAAGAGGAAGACUCUGAUAGUGGUGAUGACGAAGAAGAACAUACUGCAAACGGAGAAGACGAUGAGGAGGAAGAUAGUGAGGAAGAGGAUGAUAAUGAAGAGGAGGAAGAUGCUAAGUCAGGGAAAGGAACCUUUGGGGGAAGUUCUGCUGACUUUGCAGAGAUGAGCUCAGAUGAGGACAGAGAAAAGUGUCCCAUCUGCCUGAACUCAUUCAGUAGCCAACCUGUUGCAACACCAGAGAACUGUGAGCACUACUUCUGUUUUGACUGCAUCCUAGAAUGGGCUAAGAAUGCAAACUCAUGUCCUGUGGACCGCAUUGUCUUUGACAACAUAUAUCUGAGGAAAUCUUAUGGAGGAAAAGUAAAGAAAAUUGUCACUGUUCAGAAGCCUGUGAAGGCAGGUCAGGAGGAAACGGUAGGCUUGGACCUGGAGGAGACCAACUGUGAGGUGUGUGGGGGCAGUGACCGUGAGGACCGACUUUUGCUCUGCGACGGCUGUGAUGCGGGGUAUCACAUGGAGUGCCUCACGCCUCCUCUUGAUGCUGUUCCUGUUGAGGAAUGGUUUUGUCCUGAGUGUGAGGCCAACAAUCGCCAGUCAAGAGGUUCAGCUGAGGAGAUCAGUGACACAGACAGCCUUUUCUCUACUCCCCGUCCGGCUACCAGUAGGUCUCGAACUCACACCGCUGGUCCCACCAGGGCUAUCGCCCGAACGCAACAGAGUGAGAGAGUUCGAGCCAACGUCAACCGACAUCGCAUAACCCAGGCACGCACGUCGCAGUUGGCUCCAACAUAUCUGAUUCAGUCGACUUGGCUAGAUGAAACCAUUAAUGCCGUGGUUGCUGGACUCAACACCGCUGUGUAUGUACGGGACAUCACUCCUCGGGCGCCAUCGAGUCGGAGACGCAAAACUGGAAAACGUAGAAAGGUGAGAAGAAAGAAGACAUCUACUAAGGGGAAAAAUUGUCAAGCAGAAAAAACAGGAGUCAAAAGGAGAAAACGAAGAGCAAGGAAGAGCAAAUCUAGGAAAAAAGCUAUUGAAAGAAAGACAGCCACUCCAAGAAGCCGUAUUGCCAAUAAUCUAGGAAUUGUAAAGGAUAAGAAGAGCUCUUCACUUCCAACAGUAUACCGACCAUCAGAGAACACUUUGAGUAGCAUGCGUGCCGACAUUGGAGCCGCAUCACUCUCCAUCUAUGGAGAUCCAUUUGAUCUGGACCCAUUUGUUGACCAUGAAGAGGUUGAAGAGCAAGCCCAGGUUACAUCGCUGUUGGAGGCAAAAAGGCGAGGGAUCUCUCGGUCUGCUCUUCGCUCUCAUCAGCCUGUGGCUCGUCCAGUCACUGCAGGCCUCUCCAGGAGAGGUGUGAACGUCCCUCACUCUGCGGGUGUUGUGGAGGCUGCUCCUGUCCCUGAUCUACUGGGAACCAUCCUGUCUGGACAGAGCAUGCUCCUGAUGGACAGUUCUGAUGUUGUCAUUAGUCGAGAUGGUUCUCUUAAAGCUUCAAAGCCAAUGAUCCAACCUACACCAAGCAGCAGGAACACCAGUAGUUCAAGUGAUAUCAGCGCCCUCAACAGUCCAGGGUGUUCGUACAAUUUAGGAGACAACUCUGUAUCUCUGCACCACAAUGGGAGUCCAUUAGGAUCCUCACCUACCUCUGUGAAUGGACUGUUGACACCAAGCUCAUCUCAUUUACCCUCCUUCAUGCCCCCCUCUGCCAACCACUACCAACCGAGACCACAUUCUGACUUAACCCCUGGAGUGAAUCCAAGUUUGCCUCCUCGUGCAAACCGACCAGUAGCAGCCAAUGGUAUGAGAGCCCUAACAGAAACGCCUUCUUCAUCUGCUCACCCCAUCCAGGUUUCCAACUUUAGGGACAAAGGAACAACUCUGUCGCUGUCGCAACCUAAGAAAGCUCCCGUUAAACCCACGUGGGUAGAUGUGUCUGUGCUUCCUCGCAUACCGAAGAUAAAAAGAGAGAACAGCAGUGUCACAAAUGACAGUGCAGGUCAUGGUGUCAUUUCUGACAGUAGUAGAGGGAGUAGUAAUUAUGCUGGAGCUGACGAUGGUUCUGGGUUGCCUAAAAGUGGCAUGAACAGCCUUUCUGGGGACAAAGGAAGGCAACAGAGUGUUGAUAAGCAGAAGGGCCACUCUGAUGGCCAUAAGAACAGGCCGGAAAGAGCCGGCUCAUCAUCGGCAUUCUCAAAUUCCUUUGCUUCCUCUUCCUCCACCACUCCUGCAAGCCAGACUCAGCAUGCGUCAUUUUCUUCAUCUUCGUCUGUAAGUUUUCGCAUCAAUUCCAGUGGGAACUCCUGGCAUGCCAGGCGGCUCAGCAUAACGUCGUCCUCUUCAUCCGGAAGCAACAUAAAAGAACAGUGGAGGGAAAAAGAAGAGGAAGCAAAAAAGAAGCAAAUGCACAAAGACAAGAAAACACUUCUGGCAUCUUGUACAGUCACCAAGGAACAAGACAAUAUUUACGAUCCUUUUAAUCCCACGCUGUCUGAUUCAAGUAGCUUGAGCGACGAAGAUGAGCCCACAAGCCUGAACUUCAGCUCUCAACUUGGCACUAACAGAGGGAAACCUUCUACUUUAGGAAGGAACAAGGGUUCAGUGCCAAGACGUUGGGAUGCAGUUCAGGUGAAAACUGAAUCAGAGGAGACAGAGUUUUCACAGGAAAUACCCAGGAGCUCGCAGCUUACUGUAACACCAGAAAUAAUAUUUCCCGCAGAUAGUAUCAAAGUUGAAAAGAAAUCUGAUUUAGCCGAAGUUAAGCAGGAGAAGCAAAAGUUAUUUAUUGAUACCAUCAUUAAAACAGAACCAAGUUCAGAUGAAUAUGAAAGUUCUGAUGACAGGGUUGUAAGUGAGAGUGAGGUAAAAAGUGAGAGUGCAGACACCACAUCACUUUCUUAUCAGCAUGUUAAACACAUAAAAGCGGAGGAAAAUACUCAGCAGAACACUGGACUUUCUGCCGAAACUUCCAGUAGAUCUCUUCUCAACUACAGGAAUGAUUCAUCACCUUCCUGCUCGGGUUCCAUCUCAAAGAAACAGAGGGAAGAGACUAAAUCGGAUGAUUCACCAACCUGUUCCAGUACACUGACGGGAGACUUGGGCCAUAGGAAGCAGACCUCUAAAAUGUCAAAGGAUCAACAUCCCAGUAGCUCAGAGACAGACGGAGGCAGAAGAGAAGACCCUCACGCCUCGGAUAAGGAAGGCAAAAAGAAGGAAAGGGAAAAAGGCAGAGAGAAAGACAGGAGCUCAAGGCGAUCAAGGUCAAGAGAAAGAAGGAGAGCACACUCAACCUCUGACAGCUCCCAGCCCAACUCACCAGACAGAGCUUACAGGAAGAGGCGGCGGUCCCGAUCGCGGUCCAGAGACAAGACAAGGAGGCGAUCCAGAUCUUGUUCGAGUUCUAGCAGCAGAGAGCGCUCAAAAAUGAAGAAGAAUAAAGGUAAGGAGCGAAAUGAACACACAGAGAGAAGCAGAGUGUCCAAGGACAGGAGACGUGGUCGAUCACGUUCCAAGUCAAGGUCCAAGUCACGGUCCAGAUCCAGAUCGAAGUCUAAGGAUCGUAAGCGUCGCUUAUCUCGUUCAAGAUCUCGGUCUAGAUCUAGGGAAAGGAGGAAAGAUUGUGCCAGGCAACAUACAACAGUCUCAUCCAGAGACAAAGUGGAUUCCAGAGCUAAAGAUGGGAGACAAAGGACUAAUACCAGCUCAAGAGAGCGAAGGAAAGAUGAAGGAUCGACCAGAAGUACAGACAAAACUUCAGCUUCACAUGUUUCAUCCUCGAAAGGAACAAAUCUCCCACAGGAAAGAAAAAAGGAGAAGGAACUUGCACAAAGAAGCAUAGAGAAGAACAAAUGUGCUCGAGUGAAAAAACAAGAGUUGCCUUCCUGUUCUUUUGUUUCUCAGGUAAAAGAUGAAGACAAAAACUUUGAAAGAAGAGAUAUCCCAGCUAUAGAAAUCCCAGUAGAAUUAAAAAAUAGAAAGGAAAUCAAAAAAGAAAAACCGCAACCUGUGGAUAUGUUUGAAGAUUGUCCUAUUGGUAAAGAAAUUAAAAGUGAAGGAAAGGAUAAACCUUCCUCGUCAGUGUCCCAGAACGAUGAUGAGAUAAUGGAGGAUCAGAACAAGACAGAGUUGUAUGAAACAACCCUAAUCAAAUCUGAGGCAAGUCCCACACAGGACUGCCCCUCACAGCCUGCCUCCUCACCUCCUACCCUGUCCACUGAAGACCCCCUCCAUGACUCAGUAUGUCAGUUUCAGCUAAGCUCAUUAGAGUCUGACAAACAACAAAACACAGCUGGGGCGGCGGACCCUAUAAAACCGGAACCUCCAGAGUCUGACGAUGAUUUUAAUGUGGAUGUAAUGCUGGACAAUCUCGAUCACGUCAAAUCGGAGCCUGGAGAGGGUAGCGGUGCACGCGCUGAAGAGGAGAAAGAAGCUGUGGAGGAGAAGGAAGAGGGGGAGCCGACGUCAGCAGCAGCGGGAUCAAAGUCCAAGACUCAAGUGAAGCGCGUCACCUGGAACAUACAGGAGCCAGAGGGGCCUCAGCCAGAGAAAUCUCCAAGCAAGCUAGCGCUGUAUAAGUUGAAGCUGAAGCAGGAAGGAUCUCGCAAACCCCCUUUGCCUGUCCAGGCAUCCACUCAGAGCACUGUGUGUGACUCCUCAAAGAAAAGUGUUGCUGGUUUACUGACUGCUAAUUCCAGCUCGGGAGGCCUCAACCCUGCGGAGUUACCAACCACUGAGCAAAGAGAACCAGAAGAAGGGGAUUUGUCAAGGAAAGACAAGCAGUAUCUGAAAAAGCUGCACAUGCAGGAGAGAGCUGUUGAAGAAGUGAAGUUAGCCAUCAAGCCUUUUUAUCAAAGGAGAGACAUCAACAAAGACGAGUACAAAGAGAUUCUGCGUAAAGCUGUUCAAAAGGUGUGCCACAGCAAAAGUGGGGAAAUCAACCCAGUGAAAGUGGGAAAUCUGAUCAAGGCGUAUGUGGAAAAAUACAAACAUGCAAGGAAACAUAAAAAAGGAGACGAUUCAGCAAAGGUACCUGAGGAUCAGAGUGAGCCAAUAAAAUUAUCUGACAGUCCAUAAGGAACCAUAAACGCUCAUGGACACUCACAUCCCCAGCUUUGUGUUCUAUAUCUCAAGCAACCCCAAAAGAGUAAACUGAAAUGAAUACUCAGUUAUGGAAUAGUUUCUUAAAUGUUUGCUUAAUGUAUGUAUUACGUUCUUUAAAGGUGACUUGAAUUAACUUGAAUUACCCAUUUGGGUCUUCAUCUUGGGUCGUCUCUGACUGCAAGUGAUUUUGUGUUGUGCAGCUGAGAAACAUUAAAAUGGAACAUUAUUCAGUUUUGCCUUUAAGAGGCAAAACUUCAAGACCAUCCCAUGGAAAUAUAAAUCAGGUAGCCUUCUCCUUAAUCUGCCAUUUCACUCUGAGGAUCCAGAGUUUUUUUUUGGCUUCAUGUUGUCUAUGGGUGUUGUUUUUUUUUUCUAUACAGAAAAUGAGUUAUUUAUAAGUGGCAAAGCUAAAUGUCUAUCUUCAAGUGGUGAAAUUAUGCAGCUAGUGCAUAUUCAUGACAUUUGUCAUAUUACGGAAAGACACUAAUAUGCAAUUUUGUAGAAGAUUAAAUGACCUGAAUCUCGAAAGGAUUUGAGAUUCAGUUGUAAAUAGUUGAGUUUUGAUAUAAAUACCCAAGGGAUUCUUCCAUCCGUUUUACCUGUUGUGAAUAAUUGCCGUCUUUGAAUGUUUUCUUUUUUUCUUUUUUAAAUAGAGGAUAUUUAUGUUUUGUAAUUGAAAGCCGGUGUUGUGUCUUCCACGUCUAACUCUACUAAAUGUAGUUGAAUCAAGGAAAACUGUAUACAAGGUUUGUAACAUUUGUUCAUUUUUUAUUUUUGGUGGGUUUGGAGGCCGUAGAGGGUAGCACCAGGUUUACGGUUUGUUUCAGUCCGUAACAGAAAUAUAGGAAAUCAGUUUUUAGAGUCAGUUUUUUUUGUCAUCAGUUGUAAUAAAAAGAACAAUUUCUUUGAAUAAACAAUACUUCAUUUGUCUAUUUAUUUUAAUUUUUAACUAGUUCACAGCAUUUUCACAGGGCAUAGUAUGGAUGUAAUAGUUAGAGCGACUAUUUCAACCUAACGUUUCUUUCUACAUGUUUGUCCACUUUUUAUCUAAGCCUACUGCUUUCAUGUCUUGUAUUUCCUUUAAUAUCUUUGUUUCAUUUGGAGCUGUUUGUGCUCUGUGUUCAGUAAUUAUUGACUAAGUUUAUUGGCAUUGAUGUAUUUGUUGGUGAGGUCAGCUUAUACACCUUCGCACAUGUUGUAAAUAUUUGUCACUAGAGGUGCAGCUGAAGUACACAUGCCUUUUGCUAGCAACAUUAAGGUUUUAACCCUCCUGCAGCAGAUAAAGGCUUACUG